CCCUCGCAGGGCCGCGCAUGGAGCCGCACGUCGAUCUCCGCGUGAGCUGCCGCGGCCAGACCCACAGCUUCCUCGUGUCCGACUCGCUGCGCACGACGUGGGCCGAUGUGGAGGCCAUGGUGAAGGUUUCAUUUGACUUGAACAACAUACAGAUCAAAUAUGUUGAUGAGGAUAAUGAUGAGGUCUCUGUGAAUAGCAAAGAGGAAUAUGAAGAAGCUCUGAAGAUUGCAGUUAAACAAGGAAAUCACCUCCAGAUGAAUGUGUAUGAAGGAAACCCUUCUCCAGAAGGAACCUCAUAUUCUUGUCCUUUGCAACUGGGUGCAMGUUCCAUGUCAGAAAAGCUCACUGUCCUUCAAGACAGGAGGAAAUCUCUCCCACACAAUUCCGUGGUAGCUUCAGGCUUAGAGGAAGACAUGAAAAAUGAAAAGGAGACGACAAAUCAGCAAAAGUUGAAUCGCAAUAGAAAAGGAAGAAAAAAUGAAAAUCCUCCAGAAUGGUUUACUAGUUACUUGGAAACAUUCAGGGAACAGGUAGUAAAGGAAACUGUUGAGAAGCUUGAGCAGAAGCUGUAUGAGAAGCUGCUUCAUCACAACCAGCCUGCAGAUUUUUCCGAGAGCUCUGCUCCAGCAGCACCUCCAGCUUCAGAGCCCCAGUCAGGGACUGAUGGCCAGUGUGACUGGCUGAUCUCCUGCUGCAGCUGUCAGGCACGAAUCGUUGGCGUCCGCUAUCAGUGCAGCCUUUGUCCAGCUUACAAUAUCUGUGAACAGUGUGAAGCAGGAACGUAUGCUCAUGAUCCCAAUCAUGUUUUGUUAAAGCUUCGAAGACCUGUACUGUGUGUUGCUGAGAAUUAUGGCCUUGCACAGGUUUCACCUCGUCUCCCUGCUACUCUCGAGCAAGUCAGGCUCCAGAAGCAGAUGGACAAAAGAUUUCUAAAGGCCGAAAAGCAAAGAUUACGAGCAGAGAAGAAACAACGAAAAGCAGAGGUUCGAGAGCUCAAAAAGCAACUCAAAUUGCACAGGAAAAUUCAUCUGUGGAAUUCUGUCAAUGUCCUGGAAACCAGUGGUUCACCUAUUCUGAAGACUGAGAGUCUCCAGCCCUUCAUUUCUAGCCAACCCUUCCAAGCAGUUGUACCAACGCUGAGUGCAGUAUUUGUGGAUGAGAAUUUGCCAGAUGGGACUCACUUGCAGCCAGGAACAAGGUUUAUCAAACACUGGCGAAUGAAAAAUACUGGUAAUGUGGAAUGGAGCUCAGACACAAAGCUAAAACUUAUGUGGGGAAAUUUGACCUUAGCAUCUUCUGAAAAAAAAGAUGUGUUGGUACCAUCCYUGCCAUCAGGACAAGUUGGAACUGUUUCAGUUGAGUUUGUGGCUCCUAAUAUAGAAGGAAUCUACACAUCUCACUGGAGACUGUCCCACAGAGGGGAGCAGUUUGGGCCAAGGAUCUGGUGCAGCAUUGUUGUGGAUCCCUCACCAGAUAAUGAUUGCUUGGAGAACAAUUCCAGGGAUUCYAAUUCCCCUCAAAAGGAUAAACCUUCCAGUGACGAGCAGGACACSACCCUGAGGACAGAAGCAGAUGCUCAGCUGGUGGGUAAUCUUGUGGAGCAGGCUGAAAUACCUCUACCAAAUAUUCCUUUAAAGAUGAGAAAUCUGCCAAAUGAGAGAGAAUUUUAUAUUCCAUCAGUUGAUCUCCUCACUGCACAGGAUUUGUUGUCAUUUGAGUUACUGGAUAUUAAUAUUGUACAGGAAUUGGAGCGAGUGCCACACAAUACUCCAGUUGACAUGACUCCAUGCAUGUCCCCUUUGCCGCAUGAUAACCCCUUGCUGGAGAAACCUGGCUUAGGUCAGAUAGAGGAGGAGAAUGAGGGGAGUGGAUUUAAACCACUGCCAGGGCUGACUGAAACCUGCUUUGCUGCUGAUGCUUGCAUGGUAAAAAUGAGAGCUGAGCAGACGUUGAACCAGGAGGAAGGGGAAGAAGAUAUGAGUGGGACUCAAUUUGUCUGCGAAACAGUCAUUCGUUCUCUAACCCUCGAUGCUGCACCUGACCAUCAGCCCCCACAAAGGAAACCUGUGCAGAACUCUUUGCAAACACUAGACAAUGCCUUCGGUUACAAUGUGGUAAGUGAGGAAUUUCCCAGGAGGAAAACUAACUACACUUCCAAAAAAGAAGUAAAAGAAGUGAAGAUCCGCUACUUGGAGGCAAUGAGAGAAAAUGAGUGUGAGGAACUCCCAUUGUCUGGGAAGAAAGCAAACACCUGUAGUGAUACUGGCAAUUUUGAUGAUGAUGAUGCUACAGAUGAUGUUCAGAGUCAAGGCUCUUCAGUUUCAUCAGAGGAUUAUAUCAUUAUUCUCCCGGAGUGUUUUGACACCAGCCGUCCAUUAGGAGAGUCCAUGUAUAGCUCUGCUCUUUCUCAGCCCAGUUUGGAAAAAGCAGGAGAACCUGAAACACAAGCAGAGAAUCCMAAAGGUGGAAGCCAACCACAGAUUCCCAGUAUCAGUGAUGCUUCAACAGCUUCACCAACACUGGCUGAAGUACCUCCAGAGAGGAUGGGCACCGUACAGCAGACACACAUGAAUCUUGCUUCUCUUCAGAAUCAUGACUUCCAAGAACCAAACAUAUCGGCUUCAGAGGAUGUCUCUUCCACUCCCCUUGAUCAAAUAAGAGAAGAGCCUAGAGGUGAAGACAGUCAUGGAUCUUCUGGAUCUGGAUUUGGAUCUGGAUCUUCUGAAUUUAGAACUAGUAAACCAAAGUGCUCAGAAUAUUCAAGACACCCCCAAGGAAGCAGCAUUGCAGAGGGCCUGGUUAAAGGAGCUUUGUCAGUUGCUGCCUCUGCCUACAAAGCCCUGUUUGCUGGGCCACCCAUUACAGAACAGCAGCCUACAGUUACAGAAGCUUCUUUCUGUUCUGGGAUGUGGCUAAAAGUUUGGGGUUCUUUAAUGAACUUUUGAUUUUUUUUUUCCUCUUCUCUUUUUUUCCUCUAAAAUGGCAAUGUCAAAUGCAGUACUUGUCACAGAUUUUAUCAAUUGGAGACCAGAUUGUCAACUAGGACUUCAUAAAUGAGUAGCCUUUAAGUCUCUGAUACUGAAUUCCUUUUAUCUGGGAAUGCUGCAGAAUAACUUAAAUUUCCAGUCAAGUGAGUCCUUACCCUUUUAUUGAGCGUGAAGUUAUAUAUUUUUAAGGCAGCUGGAAUCUCUUGUUGAUUGUUAACAAGCUUUGGAAGAGGAACCAAUGCCAAAUGCUGCUGUAAAAUGUAGACUUGCCUAACAUGCAAGAGAUGCCUGCAGCUAGCAAGUUGCUUCUGAUAUGAUUUAGUAGCAGACUUUUGUGUAAUAUGAUAGUAAUAUAACAUUUAAACCCUAUACAACCCUUUAGAAGAAAAAGGUUGCUCAUGUAUUAAGCCAUCGUAGACCAUGAAACAAGUCUGAAAGUGUAACUGCUUUCAACUCAAUUUGUGUUAGGAUUGUCAUUGUUUCAUGUAGUAGAAUGAAGCAUGAGGAAGAUUUUACCAGCAGCUAUUGAACCAUCUCUAAUAAUAAUAGUAAUAUAUCUCUAACAAAACAUAGCAUAUAUAAAAUAUUUUGUUAAAGUGUAAUCGUAGAAAAKGCCUUUCUAAGAAUCUUUAGAGACUGUUUGUAAAAAGGUUUAAAGAAAAAGACAACUUUGACCUCUCUAUUUUUUUCUAACAGUGUAGUGCUUCUAUUCUGUUGAUACUACAUAGAAUUGAAGAAUGUGUAAAAAGCCAGAUUUGACUUGGAGUGUGAAUUUUAGUAAUGUUUGAGAAUGCAGAGAGUGCCUGAGGGUWGGGGUUGAGUGACUCCUGGUUUAUUUUGAGAGUAAGUUUGAGAAUAUUAAGUGUAGUUUCCCUUGACGGUUCUAACCAGCUGCAUAUUACCACUGACACAUCCGUAGAAUCGGUCUAUCACAAGACUUUGCUUUAGAUGUCCAUAUUUAUUUUGAAAAUCUGAGAAUGCCCUUUUUAAACCUACCAAGAAGAGAUUUAACUCUGAAGAAUCACAAGAAACCAGCAUCAUCCGCUGCUGUGCAGUGGUGUGUCGAUAGAGAACUGCUUAGAAGCCAGUCCUCUGGAAGCAACAGCACUGUUGGCUACGUUCUUGCUUUCAGGUGGAUUUUUUUUUCCUUGCUGCAAUAAGAGACCAUUGAUUUUAAAUUUUAUAUUACUGUGGCUUCUAAAGCUUUUUUUCCUGUUGUGACAGAAUGUAGCUGAAACAGUAUUAAUAUUGAGACUGACCCAGUAAUCAUUAGUAGUAAAUUUCUUAAAGUCUUAAUACCCUUAUCUAAGAUACCCUAAAAGUGAUUGAAGAGAAAUGUAUCAUACAAUUUUGUUUUAAACCUAUUUUUAUAGAYGGUGGAGAAUAAAAUAUUCUUAAAUGCUUAUUUUGAAAUAAAAGGGGACUAUUUUGCAGUGUUUCCCAACCAUCUCUACUCCAGUAUAACUCUGUCUACUGCGGACCACAAAGAUGUUUCUCUAACUUGAAUCUGUUUUUCUGCAUGUUGUCCCGACUCCCUUUUGGCUUCUGCUCCCUCCAGAACAAGGAGGGAAGGGCAUGAACAAAACAGGGUGCUGAGCUAAGCGGGCUCGGCUGCUUUUGAUCAGGGCUUCUCAGCAGGACACGUGCUCUUUCUGAGUGUAUCUUCAUACUUUCAGGAAUUUUAAUGUUUUGUGUAAAUUAAAACACUAAAACGAUUUGAGGAAAAACACUUUGUUGCAGAUGGAAAUGUGAUGUGUGAAAUGCUCUCUUUAAUUUUUUUUCCCUGACCUUGAUGCUUUAUUUCCUCUUUAGGUUGUAGAUGAUGUACGCUCAGG